AUGGGUGCACUCGCCUCGCAGCUUCGGGUCGCCUGCCCAUGCACGCUUCGUGACCGCCCCGAUGCCUUGGAGGGCGCCAGCAGUAGCAGCUCCGAGCUUCCCACAAGGCUUCGUGUUUGCGAGCUCUUCGCCGGCAUCGGGGGAUGGCGACACUGCGGCUGCACACGCCUGGCCUUACAGGCCAUGCUGCCCCAGGGCGUCUCUGCACGCUUUCAUCCCUACGACAGCGGCCCUCACUGCAGUGAGGUCUAUGCGCGCAACUUUGGUGAGCCAUGCUGCCGCCGAAACAUCGAGCAGCUGGCUGCCAAGGAUCUUGAGGACUUCGACGUUUGGCUCAUGUCUCCUCCUUGCCAGCCCUUCUCGACCACACGGGAGGCAAAGCAGAGAGAUCUUGGAGACAAGCGCUGCGCUGCACUGGAUCACCUUUGCAAGCUGCUGCCCCUGCUGCGAAAUCCGCCCCGGUGGAUUGCGCUGGAAAAUGUCAAAGGCUUCCAUGGCAGUGAGGCAUGCGCCAAGUGGCGCGCGGCGCUGGCGCAGGCGGGCUUCUCUGACCGCGAGAUCGUCUUGGAUUUGAGCAGUUUCGGAACUCCAAACCACCGCACCCGGUACUACCUCCUGGCCGAAAGGGGGAGCAGGAACCUUCAGCAAUCAGCCGCCGCGGUUCCGCGGCUGCAAGAGGCAAUGCCGCCAGGUGCGCUGGCACGAGGCCCCUGGGCACGGGACCGGCGCGCUGCGUUAGAGGCGGCGCACGCUGCGGCGCGAAAGACGCCCAGGCGGGAGGACAAAGAGGCAAUUUUCGGCGCUGCCCGCCGAGCUUUUGUCCAGGCGCUGGCGCUUUUGUCCACGCCCGACGUGGGCCGGGAUGUUUCGAGCCUGACCUUGGCAGGAACGGAGUCCUGGAAGCUCCUCCCACUGCCCAAGGACGACCCAGAGGCGCUUCUGGUGGUGUUUGACAUCGACGGCUCCGACAACACCGUUGCAACGCAGUUUCUGGAGGAGCUGCCAACGUUGGAUUCCAGCCAAGUGUCUUGGUCCUGCUGGCCGCCCCCAGACCGCGAGCAUGCCGCGUGGGCCGCGCGGCGCGUUGGAGACUUCCUCGAGACCCCCGACUCUGGGGAGCUCGCUGAGCUGCUUCUUCCCGAGUCCACAUUGUCGAGAUCCUUCGCUCCGGGGCUGAGCUACGUCCAUGCCAAGGACCUGCGCACUUUUUGCUUCACUGGCCACUAUGGCAAGGUUCUGCACAAGUCCAGCGGCUCACUUCUGCUGACCUCCGAGGCUCCGAUAGAUCGCUCCAGGCCUCAGGCCUCGGCCGGCUCCGUGCGGUUCUUCAGCCCAAAGGAGAUUCUCAAUUUUCUUGGCUUUCCGGCCUCUUUCUCGCUGCCUCCGGAAAUGGCACUGCGCCAUCGCUACAAGGUGGUGGGCAACUCGAUCGCGGUCACGGUGGCUUCGGAACUGUUGCGCCUGCUCCUGCUUGGUCAGGGCGCGGAGCGUCUUGCACAGCUGGAGCAGCCGCCGCCUACCAGGCCUGCGCCGGCAGCGCCUGACGCGUGA